UGCAUGCCUGCGCGUGCCACGUGAUCCUCUGCAGCUGGUGAGGAGAGCGCCCAAGUAAUUUAGGUCUUGUUUCCUAUCUAGCCUUGCCACGGCUGCCUACCCAGCAGACCUGCUUGCGAGAGCCAGAGGGAUGGUGGUAGUUACAGGGCAGAACAAAGUGAGUGGAAACCCGGAUGAUGCCAUGUCGAGCUCGGAUGCAGAGGAUGAUUUCCAGGAGCCGGCCACUCCCACGGCGACCCAGGCAGGACAGUCGCUACCUCUGCUGCCUCAGCAGUUUCCAGAAGUUGUUCCACUCAACGUAGGAGGGAUGUGUUUCACAACGCGACUGUCAACGCUGAGACGUUAUGAGGACACAAUGUUGGCCGCUAUGUUCAGCGGGAGACACUACAUUCCAACAGACGCUGAAGGCAGAUAUUUUAUUGACAGAGAUGGAACUUACUUUGGAGACAUCCUUAACUUUCUGCGAUCUGGUGAGCUGCCACCCAGGGAGCGAGUGAGGUCGGUCUACAAGGAAGCUCAGUAUUACUCCAUCGGGCCUCUGCUAGACUGCCUGGAGGAUGUCCAGCCCCUUAAAGGAGAAAAAGUUAGACAAGCUUUCCUUGGCCUAAUGCCAUAUUACAAAGAUCAUUUGGAGCGGAUAAUCGAAAUAGCAAAGCUUAGAGCUAUGCAAAGAAAAGCGCGGUUUGCAAAGUUGAAGGUUUGUGUCUUCAAAGAAGAGAUGCCCAUCACUCCCUAUGAGUGCCCACACUUCAACUCUCUGCGUUUUGAAAGAAGCGAAAGUGAGACGAAGCUCUUUGAACAUCACUGCGAAGUGGACGUAUCGUUUGGCCCCUGGGAGGCUGUGGCUGAUGUGUAUGAUCUGCUGCACUGUAUCGUGACAGACCUGUCUGACAGAGGGAUAACUGUGGAUCAUCAGUGCAUUGGUGUGUGCGAUAAACACCUGAUAAACCACUAUUACUGCAAGCGUCCUAUUUAUGAAUUCAAGAUUACUUGGUGGUGAGUUACUUUGCCCAGAAUGGUGCAGGGGGAAAAAGGACUUCUAGAUGACAAGUGCUGUUAAUAUUUCUGCAACGUGUCUCUGGAAAUGCAUUGCUGCUAACAUUUACAUUGGAAUCAGUCUGCUGAAAUGUUGGCUAAUGCUUUGCUGCUCAGCAAAUGGGAACCUGUGACAGAGUAAGAUCUUGAAAAACCAGCCUGAAACAAGACUCUUGGCUCAGGUACCUUAAUGAGGCACAAAACAAAAUCACCUCAUGACAAUUACACAGAGAGGAGUGUCUGACGUCUUUUAAAAGCUGCCACUUACUGUGUGGCUUUAGUGUCAUACAUCUGCAAAAUGGUUAUUACGGAUCUCACCUGCAUUAUUAUAAAGCCGUGGGUGCUAAUAAUGCUGACACAGCAUGAUUGAAUUCUACCCACUUAGAAAUAUUUUAGUCACUACUUAAACUUGCCACUUUAUAAAGUUGAGUGAGUAACACCCAAUACAGAGAUUCUGGAAAUCUAAUUUUGACAUAAGAGACCAUUUUUUGGAGAAAAGCGUAUUUCCUAUAUAUUACUA